UUUUCGAUAAUUUUUUUAUGAAAUUUAAUGCAUUAUGUAAUCGUAUCUUGUUUACUUAAGCGAUUACGAGUUUUACUUUGCAUAUACAUUAUUUUCUUUAAAUAUUCAUAUCACUUGGGUAUGACAUACGAUAAAAAUUCAUUGAUAGAUAGCUCGUAAUCACAGCGCAUUGUUGAUUCAUAUCCCUGGCAUUGAUGUAUUCACCAUUCGUUCGAGAGAGAACUAUUCAAAUAAUCGCUAUGGUACAUUGUACACUACAUCUCAUACUUAUCGCCAAAUUUGAACGACCAUUUAUCACACUGUCACUAAUCAUCUGUAUAUGCAGCAUGGUUCAGCUAUUGUCGAGAAUUUUGCGUACAUUGCAUGUCAUGAAGUUCAGACUAAAUUCUUAACUGUAUACAUUCUGCUCAUGAGCUGCGCGUGAAAUAAUCGUGAUGAAAUCCGUAUGUUUUGUUUUCGAAAAACGUUUCCGUUACUUUUCGGUGCGUUUCUUUGGAAAGCGGUAAAUUUACGAAGAACUCUUUUGUUUUAUUUACCUCAUAUUCAAAUAUGGAAAUUCUGACCUGAUUCAAUGUUUUCUGUUGUUUUUGUUUUCCUAUCUAACGUUAAUAUGCCUUAAUUCAUCAGCUCAAAAUUGUAUUUCUUUGGAGGGCCUGAGCUCGACUCUGCCGGGAAAAAUAAUAUUUAUAAAAUAUUUACCUAAAAUUCAAUGACGACCUUUUCUUAAUAAUAACAAUAUCGCAUGUUCGAAAAGUUAUCGAACCGUUUCUUGUGUACAUACUUUUUUUUUCUCUUUCCAUCUCUUGUGCACACGACAAAAGCAUCCAAACUUGCGAAAUUACACACCAGAAUUAGAACAUACAUGAAUUUUUGGAUAAAAUGGUUGUUUGAAUUGUCACUUAUUUCGUCACUUCGAAGCUGGUAUAAAAUCGAUCGGUUCAGGUGAAUGAGAGACAGUGCGAAGUGAGUAAUUGACAAGAUUGGACGCGAUAGUAUAAUUUGGUGACAAACAUUUGGUGCUGGUGUAUUCUGUUCCGGUUAUGUUAAGUGAUUGGUUAAAAAUGAAAUUAUUGAUUGGUUUAGUUGCCAUAAGCGUUUGUAGUGUGAGUGCUACGCCAACACCGCAAAUUUUUGGAGGUUUUCAACCACCAAUUUUGGGGCCUUUUGGAAACUGGUUACAAAAUUCGAUUCAAAAUAUUCCACGACCGCCAUUUUUCCAAAACGGCAUUUCAUGGAAUCCAUUCAGACCACAAACACAACCAGUUCAAGUCGCACCCGCACCUCAACAAGUAAUUCCAGCACAGGCACAUGCACAAUGGCCACAAGCUGUUGAAGUUCCCAUUCGACAAAUUAACAAUAAUGGAUGGUACUGGCAAAAUUGGAUUCCUCUUCCAAUCAUUCCGCAAUAUGGUCCAGAUCAAUCACCAACAAUCAUCAUCAUUUCACGUCCAGCAAAACCAGAAGUAGCUGAAACCUCGAAUGCAAAUGCAACAGCAACAGCAACAGCAACUGCAAAUUCAAGUUCAAAUCAAUCAACAAAUAUUUCUUUAGUACUUCCAAACUCAAAUGAGUCGUCCACUAAUUCAUCGGUACCAGUGCCCGUGCCAGUGUCAAACUCAAGUGAACCGACACAAAGUGCCCUAUCACUUUCAGCCGCAGUUGAUCAAUCUUCAUCGAAUGUUGGGUCGUCGACUUCAGCUUCAACUACUGAAGCAAAUACUUCGACAAUUCCACCUGAAAACAUCACAAAUGUGCCAGAUCUAGGUUUAACCAUUCUAAAUCCAGUUGUGCCUUUGGCUCCGUACGAACCGAUAACGGCAACUACGAAUGCUUCUCUACCCGAAACGACUGCCCAAUAGUGAAAUAUCGUUCAUACUUAAUUAUCGUUCAAUAGUAAUUUUUCACACCUUUUAUACAUAUUGUACAGUGAACCAAAUAAAGCGAAUUGAAUAACAUUAAAACGUUUCAAAAAUGUUCUACUUUUGAUGAGCGAA